AUGCAACACUCAGCCCCGCCGUCGAGGCGCAAUUGGUCCACCCCGGCCCGAGCAGCUUACCGCGAACUUGUCGCUGUCCUCGUCAUCCUCAUCAAACCUCAAACCACCUCCGACGAGCAGCGCUUCUCCACGCUCCAAGCCCUCCGUCAGCGACACGAUCGUGCAUUCGACAACUGGCUACCACACAUCACGCUCAUCCCACCGUUCAUCCUCACCGUCCCCUCUUCUGCCUCUGAGGAAACACAACCCAUCGAAUCCCUGCACAGCUCCACGCUGUCCUCACUCGUUUCCGCCAUCCGCGAAGUCUGCCGCCACCACCCCUCUCACUCCCUCCUCCUCGACCAAAUCUCCACCUUCCCGCUCCGAACCAACACCAACGUGCACCUCCGUCCCUACCCCACCAACUUCACCGACCGAUUCGCCCCCGCCUCCUCCUCCCGCAGAACUGCCGACGACGACAGCACACACAUCGUAACCCUCCGCUCCCACCUCUGCAAAUCCCUCCACCCACUCCUAACCUCCCCCGCCAUUCGAAGCAACACCCCAAACCAGGUGUUCAAACCACACGUCAGCGUAGGUCAAACAACCUCACCCAAAGCUACCUGGCAUCUAUGCACCGAAGCCGAACAACUGUUGAAACCUACUCAAGCUCAACAACCACCAGGCAUGUUGUGUCGCGUAGACGCCAUUCAACUCAUGAUCAAGCGAAAGGGCGAUGAAGGCGCCUACCGCAUUCACACAGAGAUCCCUCUCUCAAGCAAAGUCUAA